GAAUGUAAUGGCUCCACUGCAGCUCGAUUUAUAUCAGAUUCUUCUGGAAAAGACAUUGUUAUCUAAAAUGUGGCAAAACACAUCUCUGGGUAGACUGUUUGACUGUUUGUGUACAAGCUAAUCAACUUAGUGUGAGAUUUUCCUCCAUUGGAUAAAGCAUAAUUUCUAGCCCAAAAAUGUGUAUAUAUAUGGUAUAUUUUUUUUAUUUUACCAGUCAAAGGCACAUACAUACAGUACCAGUGCCUUGAUGGCAAAUGUUUACAAAACCAUUCUUAACCUUAAACCUCACAAUGUGAUCUCAUCCUCCUUUUUGCUUCGCUCUCAUGGAAAGCUCUGGUGAGCAGGUGACUUAAAUCAUGACAAACCUUUGCCAAAGCAGUUUGUCCUGUCACAGCGUGACAUGCAGCACGUAGUGGCAUUAGCUGUGUGUAGAAGAUUAAGCAGCGCACACAGAGCUUAGUUUAAGUGUUACUUACUGUUCUCUGCUUCUUCAUCCUGCAGUCAGUGAACUCGGCUCCACUGCAACAACUUCUAACGGCUUCAUGUCCCUUGACUUUGCAAAUAUAAUGGUGUAUAGUAUGUUUCUGGACAAGAAUAUGACUUAGAGUCAGUUUCCAGAUCCAUCUGCAGUUUUUCACAGAAACUGAUUGCAUCAGAAGAUGGACACCAUGACGUUAUAUCCCCUGCUGCUGCUGUUGUUUGGGUGCGUCCAAAGAGCUGUUUCUCAGUUUCCUGGAUGGAUUGGAGAGGUGGAAGGUAGUGGUGAGAUAGAAUGGAUUCCACAACCAGAUUUCAUAGACGACGUGUAUUGGUCCGGGAUAGCCCCCAUUUGUUUUGGAGGCUGUAAGGCACAGCACCAGGAGCUGAGGAGAGAUCGCUGUGGAGACUCGAGCUGCUGCUGGCUCGGCUACAAGUCCCUGUGCAGAGUGAAUUGUGGGAAGCCAGAUGUGGACUAUAAUGGAGUAGUGUAUGGUAACGACUGGUGGGUGGGCUCUGUGGUGAGGUACGCCUGUCGCUCUGGCUUCAUGCUUGUGGGAAGCCCAACCAGAUUUUGCCAGCCUAAUGGCCUUUGGACCCCGAAACCUACCUGCCUCCGAAUGUGUCCACGGGAACGCGUUGAAAUCAGUGAGAGGGAACUAAAUGGGACGUGCAGCUCCACCUGCACAAACAAGAGCUACUUCGGCCCACCCAAACAAGGCUGCAGUCGUAUAGACAACUGUAGGAAGAAGGAGACUGGCUGGAAGCGGUUCUUUGCACAGUGUGUCCCUUGCGUUUGUGACUGCGCUUUAUCAUGUGUUGAGUUGCUCGCCAAGCACACUGACAAGCAUAAAUGAUGGACUUGUUGAACGGAUUGUACUGACUGUAAUGAGAGCAUGUUGCAAUGUUGUCUCACCGCAAAUACACUCGAAUGUGGUUAAUUAUUGCUUUAAACAUGAAUUUGUUGGCUUUCUUGGAGGAAUUCCAGUGCAAAGAACACCUUUUUGUCUUUUUAGUUUUAGCAUCUGCACCCUAAAACUUGGAGAGAUUACUAUGUGAGACAUGAGAUAAAGAGGAAAUGCUUGUUUUUGCUGCUUCAUCCAAUUGUGUAGAUAAAUCAGUGGACCCAAAUCUGGAUGUUUUAAUACAUGCAUUUAAUCAGUCUGUCUCCUUGGUUUCUAUAUAUAGAAUUUUACAGUAUUAAGAUUUCAGUGCCUGAAGUUCAAAUCCCUCAGAGUCAGUGGUGAAUUAUAAGCAGCACAGAAUUGUUUAAUUCGGUCUGUGCGCUGUAAGGUGGCGACAGGGUCAGAAAAGAAAAGUGAGGUGAAUUUUAGUUAAAACUGUCUGAGAGGCUGUGUCAGACUAAGAUAAUUAUUUUAAAACCUUAAAAUAAAAUGUUGAACUCGAA